AUGGCUUCAUUAGAGCUUCCUAAGGACUCGUGUUCAGCGGAGGAGCGGGGAAAUGACGCCCACCAGAGUGACCCGAUCCACAGCCAAGAACUCCCAACCGUGCCCCCAGACGCCCCAGACGCCUCUGACGAAAAUCACCCUUCUGUUGAACUGAAUCACACUGGCAAGAAUAAAGCUGUUUUGUGCCAAUAUUAUGUGAUGGGAAGAUGCCGCUUUGGUGACAAGUGCAGGCAGUCUCACUGUGAGUUCCCGUUGGAAUCAGAGACCGUCGGCAGAACUGAAGAUGAAAAUGAAGAUUCAAGCAAGAAGAAAAAAGUUAAAGCUAAACAAAGAGAGCUCUAUAAAGAGAAGGAGACCACCAAAAAGCCACGAAUGCGCACAGCUGAUGACGUCAUCUCCAGGAUCCUGUGGGAUUCUUCUGUCGACUCUGAUCAGUUUGUGGUGGGCUAUGUGGACCGCUUCCUCGGGGUGCUGGAGCGGCCCUUUGAUGACUUUAACUGGGACACAGACCCGUGCGACUGCGACUAUACCACGGAGCUGGCUCUGCCUCGACACAGGAUCCAGUACUUCACCUAUAGGGGGCAGCGCUUGUGGGACAGGCACAGCAGGACCGACAGGGUGUUUGGCUCCACAGGACAAGCUCUGGCUCCCCCAUUUGGUGGGAAGGCGGAAGUAGAAGAAGAAAUUGAGACACUGCAGACUGAUGUAGAGACUUGCACAGUGAAUGGAGAUGUGGAGAACGAGCGACAGAAUGAGAUGAAUAUUGACGCCUCUGAGUCUGAUCUACAACCACCGGGGCAAGAUACAAGUGCCACAAACAGAGCGAUGGACAGAUCAGCGAAUGAAGAUGAGGAAAACCAAAAGCAAGAAGCCCUCAACGUGGCGGAAGUUCCUGCCGAGUCAGAGCAGCAAGAGGAAAGACCCGGCGGCCGACCUCCUAAGAAAAGGCCUACACACUUCGUGACAUUCAGGGCCAACACGCCGUCCGUCCUGGCAUGUUUCGAGCAGCUGCAAGCAGAGCUCACGGCUGCGCUCCCCGCCUCCGCGCCACAUUGGAGCAGCAUCUCCUGUCUCCACGUCACGCUGUGCCUCCUGGUGCUGCCCGGCGAGGAGGAGGUACAGGCCGCUGUGGAGGUCCUGCAGCGCUACGCCAGGUGGAACAGAAACCCCCCCUUGACUCUGACCUUUCCCCUGAAGCUGAAGCACUUCAACGGGAGGGUGCUGUAUGUGAGCCCCCAGCCGCGGCUCCAGCUCCAGCAGUUCAACAGCGGUCUGCAGGAGGCGUACAGGGAGCAGGGCCUUCUCCAUAGAGACUCUUUCAACCCGCGCUACCACCUGACCCUGGCCAAGACCGUGGGCUUGGACGCGGACCGCAUCUUUCAAGGCGUGGAGAACCUCAAGGUGGGAAGAGGAUUAAACUUUGGCCGUCUGCCCGUCAAUACUUUGCACCUUUGCACCAUCGGAGGAUGCGACGAAGAUGGAUUCUAUGACAUUUUGUGCACAGUUACUCUUCGGUAA